UGCUUAAAUCGUUAGAAACCGUUCAAUCUUAGUUAUGUAUUAGUUAGUUACACUCAUUUACUAUUGAAUAUAACAUUGUAAUUGUAUAUUUUGUGUGAGUCCACUCAUAGGUAACAGAAAAGGCGCGUCUCAUUUCGCUCCCUUUAUCGUGAAUCAGUUUAACAUAAACACGAAUUCGGUCACUGGCUAAUAGUGAUGGAGAAACUGAGCUUUUCUAAACUCCGAGUCAACUGAAUCAAAUACUUUGCAAAUGAUUCAGUGAAUCUUAGCGCUCGUGCUGCUCAAACAGAAAUGAACGAGAACAACAAACACUAACAUGUGACAGAGGGACCAAACACACAGAAAAACUCUUGAUGAAGCAACUGAGAUCCAUGUGACACACUAUUAAAAAUAUGGCGUUUAUUAAAGAGGAGAGUGAAGACACGAAGAUGGAGUUUAUUAAAGAGGAAAUUGAAGACAUAAAGAUUGGAGAAACAUUCAGAGUGAAACAAGAAGAUACUGAGGAACAAACAGACCUGAUGGCACUGAAAGAGGAGAAUGAAGUAAUGAAUGAAAUGGAUGAGAAUGAUCAAUACAAGAAUCAUCCUGAUUUCACAACUGGAGAAAAAACUUUUAGUUGCUCGCAGACUGAAAAGACUUCCUCACGAAAAAGGGCUAAAAAGACAGGAACUAGAAGGAAUUUCACCUGCCAGCAGUGUGGAAAGAGUUUUGCUGAAAAGAUACACCUUGAAAGACACAUGAGAGUUCACACUGGAGAGAAGCCUUACACCUGCCAACAGUGUGGAAACCGAUUCACUUUAAAAGGAAGCCUUAACAGGCACAUGAGAAUUCACACUGGAGAGAGACCUUACAGAUGUCCUCAGUGUGGAAGAAGUUUCAGUUGUAAAGGACACCUUAAAGCCCACAUGAGAGUUCACACUGGAGAGAAACCUUUCGUCUGCCAAGAGUGUGGAAACAGAUUCACUCUAAACGGAAGCCUUAAAAAGCACAUGAGAAUUCACACUGGAGAGAAGCCUUUUACAUGCCAUCAGUGUGGAAAUACUUUUGCUCAAAAAGUAAGCCUUAAAAGGCACAUGAUAAUUCAUACUGGAGAAAAGGCUUACUCAUGCCCUCAGUGUGGAAAAAGUUUUUCUCAAAAACUAAGCCUUAACAGACACAUGAGAAUUCACGAUGGAGAGAAGCCUUUCGCCUGCCAACAGUGUGGAAAAAGUUUCAACCUAAAAGGAAACCUUAAAGUCCACAUGAGAAUUCACACUAAGAAGAGCCUUUUCACCUGCCAACAAUGUGGAAUAAGUUUCACUCAAAAAGAAAGCUUUAACAGACACAUUAAAAUUCACACUAGAGAGAAGCCUUACACCUGCCAACAGUGUGGAAAGAGUUUUGAUCAACAUAAAAACUUUAAAGUCCACAUGAGAUUUCACUCUGGAGAGAAACCAUACAUGUGCACUCAGUGUGGAAAGAGUUUCAAUCAAAAACGAAACUUUAAAGACCACAUGAAAAUUCACUCUGGUGAUCAACCCUACACAUGUCCUCAGUGUGGAAGAAGUUUCAAUCAGAAAGGUCACUUUGAAGACCACAUAAGAAUUCACACCGGAGAGAAGCCUUUUAGUUGCCAACAAUGUAAGAAAAGUUUCAACCGAAAAGAAAUCCUUAAGAGACACAUGAGAGUUCACACUGGAGAGAAGCCGUUUACAUGUGGUCACUGUGGGAAAAGUUUUGGGUAUAAAAUAGCCCUUAAGUACCACAUGAGCAUUCACGUAUGAAAGAACUAUUUUUGUAUGUCAUAAGUGUGGAACUGAUUUCACAGACAGGAAACACCUCACCUAAAGAAAUAGAUUCAAUGUAUUGAGUACACAAAUGAAGAAUUAACUAAUUACAGAAACUAUGUCAACAGAAGCAUAAAUCUGUAUCAAAUAAAAUACAUAUAACAGUGUAGACCUGUGCAAAAUAUUAAACAAACAAUAUAACAGAAACAGGUUUUUGAUUAAAAAGAAACAGAUUUGGAGAUCUGGCAAUAGCUGCUUUUCAACUGUAAUAACAGGGCAUUCAGCGGUUGGGGCUAUUGGCCUUGGACCUGAAGGAUCGCGCCCAAAAUCACAGUUUCCACUGUUGUGCCAAAAGCUCCGCAGAACUUUACUAAAACCCUCUUAACACUUCUCUCUGAAACGAUGUCAUACAACCCCAUCAUUUCAACAACAAAGGGAAGUUUUAUCAGACUGCAAAAUAAACAAGUUUGCCUUUUUGUUUUUUACUUAGAGAUUUUAAACCUUGCAUCAAUGUUUAACUAUAAAAAGCGAUACAUAGAUAAUAGUUUAGUCCUAAUCAAGGCAUGAACACCAAGCUGACAGAAGUUUUCUCAGUGUGUUCCACACCGUUGGCUGAAGUUGAUCCUUGUUUGCUUUUUUUCGUCCGAUUCGACAUGUUGAAUCGGCGUCUGAGCUUGUUGGUCCGUAGGUCCAUCUGAUCAUUCUGAUUGGCUGUUCAGCUACUGCCACCUGCUGGUACAGAAAGGCAUUUCAUCUUGUGCAGGCGCAGAACGAAUGUGCUACUUGACUGUUGAGCGUCGGUUUGGCGUGUCAUGGCAACUUUGCACACAGACGCUGCCGACGUGAGCCAACCGCGCAGUCUGCUUUCAUCGCCACUAGUUCGUCAGCAUUGGCUUGGUGUGUUCCUUCCUUAAGACAAUAAUUUUAGGGAAAAGUCCACUUAAUGGAGGGCAAGGGAACAGAUAGUAUCACAGUUCAUGGGUCUGUGUGUUGCUGUCGCUGGUCUGAUUGCUUGUUAACCACAGUGCAAGUGAGCUAACGCUCCUAUAUCUACCUCAUGUUUUGCUGUUUGUUGUCAGAUCGUUGUUUGCUCAUGCCCUGUUGUUGUUUCACCAGAGGUUUUCUAGUUGUCUGUUCCUGUUUUUGCAUCCUGCCUUGUGUGGAUUUACUUCUGUUUCUGGAUUACUCAUUCACUUCAGCUUGUUGCAGUCUCUGUGCUACUAGGGCCUACUAUUUAUCUGAAUAACAGCAUCUGACCAUUUGCCUUGCAUUAUUUUCCUGCGCAUUAUAAAUAAAAUUUGUUACACUCACAAUUGGACCUAGAGUUUCAUUACUGACAGAUAGAUCCACAGAUGUUUUGCAAUAUUCACAGGGGAACUCGAACAGGCAGAUAUUUGUCCUUGUCUGGUGUCAUAAUUUACUGGAUGUGAGACGAUGACAACACUAUUGCAAUACGUGAGGCGUAGCUUAUUGUGUUGUGUGUGUGUGUGCUAAGCAUGAUUGGCUUGAUAAACAUGGUUCUAUAAUAAAAUAAGGCUCCAUUAUGCAGAGCACA